GUUCCAGCCGAGCCGACCACCGCGUCGCCGCUCCGCUCCGUUCCACCUCCCCAAAAUUCCGACCUCCACCGUUCCCGUGUCCCCCCGCACCUCAACACUCCCGCCUCCCACGCGCGACGUCGCCACCGCCGUUCCCGUCCCCGCUCCUUCCACACCGCGCCGCCGCAAUCGCUGGCCAUUGGUUUUGAGAACUGGGUGAACGUUUGCGAUACUAUUGGUCCGUCGUCAGUCUUCACAGGUCCGGAUAACACUUGUCGGCCACCAUGCAGGCUAGCGACAGGUUCAAUAUAAAUUCUCAACUUGAGCAUCUUCAAGCCAAAUAUGUUGGAACAGGGCAUGCUGACCUGACCAGAUUUGAAUGGGCUGUAAAUAUCCAAAGAGACAGCUAUGCGUCCUAUGUUGGACACUAUCCAAUGUUGUCAUAUUUUGCCAUUGCUGAGAAUGAAUCAAUUGGAAGGGAGCGCUACGAAUUUAUGCAGAAAAUGCUGCUUCCAUGUGGCCUCCCACCUGAGAGAGAUGAAGACUGAGGAGGUGUUAGCGCUGUAGUUGGUACCACGUCAGAAACUUGUGUUCGGCUGAUGUUUGUUACCGAAGUUUAAGGCAUGUGUGGAUUAGCCACCUCAGCGCUGUGUGUGGUUGUGUUUGAACAUCCUGGACAUCUUUAGCGAUGUGUUCCGUAUCUCUACUUGUCCUCCAGCACUUGUUCCGUUCAGUUUAGCUAUAUUAAUCUGGUGCCAUCCAGUUGAAUUUUAUU